CUCGCAUCGUCACAAAAUGAUUUGCCAGAGUGAAACACGACCCGGAACCUUGUGCGAGCGGUGCCACGUUUCCCUUCGACCUCUGUGCGACGUUGCACUUCUGGCGGAGGAAAUGGCGCCCGUCAGGUACAGCGGGGCGUACAGUGGCCAACCGGGCAAGUGUCCUCAAAGUUGACACGUACGCUGUGGAUAACGGUCUCUCGCCGCGCCGGACUCGGUGGACACGGGAAUAUGUUCUUGAGCCGAGAGGAACCCGGGUCGCGUCGGAUACUGAGGACAUAGCUGCAAACUACCCCAGCUGUGUGAACUGCCUCCCGUCGAAGACUGGACCUGCUUUGAAACUCGAACACCUCGGACAUCUGGGAACCUUGCUGCUACGGAAGACACUUUCGCAGAGGGAUGGCCAAAGAGCAGAAACAAGUCAGAGAAGAGGGCUUUGCUCACGCCGGAUCGAAUGGCCACAACGGCCAGCAGUGGCAGACUGGUAUGAAUAUCUUGAUCAAUCAGCCCGCGGGUGCCAACCCCGCGUCGAGGAUGGCCCGCGUCGCCUCAGAUGUCAGGCAGAAGUGUGCGGCGUAUGUGCUGGCACUGAGGCCGUGGAGCUUCAGUGCGUCGCUCACGCCGGUGGCCCUCGGCAGCGCCCUUGCGUACAAACUGGAGGGCUCCGUGGACCUGGUCAUCCUGAUGGUGUGCGCGGUGGCGGUCCUCGUGGUGCACGGGGCGGGCAACCUGGUGAACACCUACUACGACUUCUCCAAAGGGAUCGACCACAAGAAGAGCGAUGACAGGACUCUCGUGGAUGAAAUAUUGGCACCGCAGGAUGUUGUCAUGUUUGGGGCGUUGUUGUAUUCUUUGGGGUGCCUGUGUGCCACUCUGCUCUACUUCCUGUCGACGCUUAGACUGGAGCACCUAGCCCUUAUUUACUUUGGGGGACUCUCCAGCUCCUUUUUAUACACUGGAGGCAUUGGCCUAAAGUAUGUGGCCCUGGGAGACGUGGUUAUCCUCAUCACCUUCGGCCCUCUCGCUGUCAUGUUUGCCCACGCGGUCCAGGUAGGCUACCUCUCUGUGCUGCCGCUGGUGUAUGCCAUCCCACUGGCCCUCAACACAGAAGCCAUCCUGCACAGCAACAACACCAGAGACAUGGACUCUGACAAGCAGGCGGGCAUCGUCACCCUGGCCAUCCUCAUAGGCCCCACACUCUCCUAUGUCCUCUACAACUUCCUGCUCUUCGUCCCCUACGUGCUCUUCUGCAUCGUCGCCACCCGUUACACAAUCAGCAUGGCGCUGCCGCUGCUCACGCUGCCCAUGGCCUUCCCCCUGGAGAGGCAGUUCCGCGGCCGAUGCUACGCCAAGAUUCCCCAGAAGACGGCCAAGCUCAACCUCCUCAUGGGACUUUUCUACGUGUUUGGGAUCAUUCUGGCGCCACCCGGCAGCUUGCCGCUACUGUGAUUCAUUAGUUUUGAUAUUUCAAAUUUCUGUUGUUUUAACACAGACUAGUUCAUAUAUCUCCUGAUAUUUGUACAAAGGUAUCUGAAGACUAGCUUUAAUUUAUUGUUUUAUUUAUGUCGAACAGAGAUUUAGUUUAGGUCCUCCUCUGCGACACCGCUCGCAUAAUGAGUUAUUUUUUCCCGCCAGUAUUACGUGUUGGUACCAGUCAGACAUUUUGGUGUUAUUUGUAGAGGUGGGCAGCAUUUUCACCGUGUAAGGACAAAGGAUAAACCUACAAUUGCCAUAUUUGUAGUUCAAGGCGCAAAAUGUGACAUUGAGACCUUAAAACAUAAAUAAACGAUUUAUUUUCAACAUUGUACUCUCUGUAUGUAAAUAAUGUUAAUUUGGUCAUUAUGUUUUUCUUCCUGGGGAGCCAAGAAGUACAGUAGUUUAUCAGAUCGUAAUAAAACUCACUGCUGCUUAUGUUCCAUGUUUUCAAUUUGGAUCAUUGAAGGUCACUUUUCUGCCGAAACACAUUAUCAUUUAAUAUAACACGCAGGACAAGUUGAUGAACAGUUUUUGUUAAUUUUUAAAAAUGUAUGCAAUAAAAAAGGUUUGAAAAUGUU